CCACGACCGCAGCUGAUGUCAUCGUGGGAUUUCUCCGCGACCAGCCGAAUCUACUUAACUCCGCCAAAAACUCGCCCUCCCUUCCUCAGUUAUCUGCGCAGCGAGAGAGAAUUAAGUUGAAUUGCAAUAUCCACGGUGGUCAUGUCGACAUUUGAGCUGGCACAUAGCGUCCGCCAUCUCAUCGUGCAACCGGCGGACCUGCGUUUCGACCCCCCCGAGAGCUAUCUGUUCGUGCAAGAUGGUUUGAUCGUCUCCUGCGGCGUGCUGUACGCAUUGUGUUAUUUCUUCUGCAUGAUUCGGACGUAUCGCGACAAGACCUAUCCGGGUUCCAGUGUUGGAGGAAUCCAGUUUCUGUAGGUUGAUUUGCACCCGGUCGGCGCCUUGACGCUGACUGAAAAAUGACACCAGGUGCCUAACGAUGGCAUAUGAAGUGUUCUAUGCGUUCACAACAACGUCGACGUCAUUCGAAAAGCUGGCAUUCCUGAUUUGGUUUGAAAUGGACAUCGCCUUCGCCACCAUCGCAAUCCGACAUGCACAUGCGGCCCAUCAACGGUGGUCGCUGGCGCGCAACAUGGUGUUUGGCUGUGCUAUUGCAGUUAUAGGAUUGAAACUGCUGGCCGGACUGUAUCCCGACGAACGCGAGCAGGUCACGGCGUACUGGACGGGGAUCUUGCUUCAGUUUCCGAUCGGGUGGACGUGCGUGUAUUCUCUCUGGAAGAACCGGGACACCCGAGGACAUUCGCUAGAGAUGUGGAUCACUCGGUACCUGGGAUGCUUCACCGCAUACGGGGUCUUUAUUUGGCGUUACUUGAACGUACCGCAGAACUGGGGAUAUGUGGCGUCACCGUGGAGCGUGGGCAUUAUUGUCCUGACGCUCCUUCCGGAGACCGUCUACCCAUUCUUAUACUUUAGCGCAUACAAGACCCGGAAGGCCAAGGGCGAAUGAUUCCUCCAACAGCAAUGAGUCCGUUCUGGCUGGGAGGACAGUUUCCGUUCAGCAUGAUUUUGCCCGCCCAUGAGUCGGAAGGAGUCGAAGGUUUGGAAGCUCAAAUCGAGGCUUUUGUAUUCAUUGAUAUCAUGAUUAUAGAUGUGAAUAGAACAGAAGAAAAGAAAGACCGUGCAUGGACACUUUGAACG